GCCAGAAUAGCCGUGACGGCAAGGCAUCAAUCGAGGCCCUCGCCGAUCCAGUGGCCAGUCCCGAGAAGGCACCGAGCACACCUGUUGCCGCCACUGUUGCUCCCGCAAGUGGUCUGUUUGAGAUGUUGACCAGCGACGAGGACGGCGAGCUCGAUUCGGACUGCUCCGACGCCUCAUCCAACCUCGAUCCUGUCGAUCCCACCAUUGAUACCGGUGUCACCGCCAGCGAUACCGAGGGCUCGGUCGAGCUCAACGAAGAGGAACUACAGGCAGUUGUUCAGACUGUGAAUGAGAAGCUCGGAGGGAUGCGGCAUCCCUGCGAGGAUCAAGGCUCUCGCCACUUUGAAGGCAUCAAGACCAACAGAACCACCAAGGCCAGCGAAAACAUCAAGACCGUCGAUGCUGAUCCCGAGGGACCUGCAGGCGUCCCAGGAGAUGCCAGUGUUCGACUCAUACCUGGCCGCACCGAGCUCGGCGACGACGAAGCUGACGAGGUCUUUUACGAUGCCCUCGACCACGAUCAUACCUGGUACCCGGAUCCGAUCUGUCGCAGUGGCAAACCGUCGCAGUUGCUCUCGUCUUGCGGCUAUGCGACUACUCGCGACUGGAUGAAGCACCCCGAGGACGCCGUGACCGCAAGCGACCUGUUCACAUCCUUCUGCAUCAACAAGUACAGCGGCUCUGCCGUGGUCGAUCGCAUCGCCAGCCACAAAAAGCAUCCUGGUCCUGUCGAUAGCUCACUCUCGGCAGCAGCAGCCCCUGGUCAAAGUCCGUCGCGAGAGGCCCACGAUCCAGCCCCGGGCACAGCCCACAGGGACUCAGUGGCCUGUCGAGCCCAUAGCAGCCAGCUCCAGCGCCAGGCCUCCGAACUCAAAUUCCUCCGGGAUCGGCUCGAGCGCCGUAUUGGCCCGGAGCGUCUCGAGCUCUUGAUGAGCGUGCAGCAGUUUGGCGUCUCUGUGCUUGAGGCUGUGAACGAUCUUCGCGAUAGCCAUCGCCAGGGUGCCGCCGAGGAAGUUGGCAAGAGCUGGGCAGAGGGCCAGUCCAUGCGAACCGACAACUCGCCGCUGUCCUCUGGCCACGAUUCCAAGAUCGACAUCACGCCCAGUGACAGCAAGACGGACGUCCUCGACCGAGGGCCAUCGCAGACACAGCUACAACUGCAACGUCAGCAACGCCCAGUCCAGCAGCAAGAGGAGCAAUACCGCCGAGCAGCUCGAGGUCAGCAAUCCACUAGUCCACAGAAAGACACCGCUAUCGAGGCUGUAGUUACAUCACGAACAUCUGCCCAUGAGCCACGCACGUCAGCUCUCGCCUCUGUCGAAGCAUCCGCCCAGGAGCAGUCAUAUCCCGCCGCAUUCAAUGCCAAACAUAGCCAGAGGCUGGCAGAUGACGAAGGUGUCCGCUACGAGCUCGAGCUCCUCGAGGCAAUGGUACAGCAUACUCAGCUGAGAUUGAUGGAGGAGCAAGAGCGACACUUGCGGAAAGAUGCCGAGAUCCGAGAUUUGGCCACAUCUUUGCGUGAGCAUCAGGCCACAGCUGCCGAGCAGAAAGCCAAGGUCCACAAGCUGACUGCCGAGAGACAGCGGCUCGCAACCGUGGUGCGUGAGAGUCAGGGAGCCUUUGCUGCCCUCAAAGCUGAGCACGAAGAUGCACGAGCAGCAUACGAAGCAAAGAUUGCUGACCAGCAGAACAAUCUUCAAGCGGUACUGGACGCACACAGGGCUGAGAUUCAGAUAGCCGUGCGUCAGUCUGCAGAGCUCAAGGAGAAACUCAAAGAGGCCCAGACAGUCAGCGAAGCCCUGUCCAAGCAUGCGGAAGCGCAGACCAAGGUCCAUGGCGCCGAGUUGGCGGCCUUGAAGGCUGCUAUCGCACAACACCAAAUCACAGUGAAGGAGAAGAUCGCCGAGGCAGAGGUGGCCAAGAAAGAAGUCGAGCUGGCCAAGAAGAAGGCCAGUCAAGUCGAAGCCACGGCCCAGGCUCGUAUCCAGCAUCUCGAAGGGCAGCUCAAGUUGCAGCACACCGAGCAAGCAGAAGCACAAAAGAAGCAUGCAGUUGCCGUGAGACAGCUCGAGGCUCGCAUCGGGCAAUUGAACGGCGACCGGACGGCCUGGGAAACAGAGCGCACAGAGAUGUGUGCCCAGCUGCUGUCCAUCGGAAUCGAACUACAGGGGCAUUUGCACCAGCUGGACGCCAGCAGCGACGAGAUCCGAGCAGCGGCCCUGGAUCUCGAGGCCGCCGGCAAGCAGCUUCAAUCACAGUUGAAAGACAAGGACGAGGAGCUUCAGAAGGUCUUCAAGGAGCUCUUUGAUGUUGGCAUUUGGCUGCAUCACACCAUCGCCGACCAGGAAGCCCGUCAGAGCGCGGCCCUGGGCUCCAUCAGGGAAGAGAACGAAAAGUCUUGGAAGAUCCUGCAGCACCUCUACCAGUCUGCGCUGAUCCGGUGCCACCAUCUCGAAGCACAGCUGCGGGAUAUGCAGGGACCAGCCCAACCCGGAUGGCAGAGCUUGGUGCGAGAUCAACUGCACAAGGAGCCCGAGGACGCAAGUCCAUCUUUGUCAAUCAACUCCAGUACCAGCACCAGCUCAGGCCCUUCCAGCGGCUCUCGCUCCGGUGGCGAGACCGAGAUUUGGAGGAGAAUGAGAACCUCCCCCCUGCGCCGGUCAAGCAUGUACGAGACCCGCGCUAGUGACCCAAAUGCCCCGUCCGAGUCUCAGCAAUCCAUCAUCCAUCGACUCGCUGGAGAGCUGGUGGAGUACAAGCGCAAACUCAAGCUCGCAAACGCCCUGGAGGAGCAGCGAAAGCGGGAAUACGAGGAGGCCUUGCGUGAGAAGAGCCUGCAGCUCGAGCGCAAUUCGCAGGUGGCUGGUCUGGUUGCCGGCGCCGUUAUCAACGAGGUCUUUAAAAUAUCUAAUGGAGGCUGAGCACGGCGUAUUAUUCGUAUCUUUACUUCACGUUUGAAAUGAUGCAUGUUUAUGCCACGGCGCUGUCGGCGUCCUGGGGAUAGUAUCAUGUUUGAAAAGCAAGAUUGGGCAAAGCAAGAUUGGGCAGAGCAAGAUUGGGCAGAGCAAGAUCGGACAGAGCAAGAUCGGUCAGAGCAAUACGAACCCACUUUGUUUUGAUUCCGGGAUGUUGUUCUCGAUCCUGAAUACAUGCUAUCCAUCGCC